UCCCGGCCGGUCCCCCGGUCACGGACGAGGUCGAGGGGUCUCGGGAUCCCGGGCCUCUCGCCGUGGGUGGUGGUGAAGGCUCAGCACAGGGCCGAGCUUGCGCUGCCCGCCGCGACCCGAGACACGCGGGGCACGCUAGGAGUUGUAGUCCCGCCGCUCGCCGCGGCCCCGCCUCGAACCCGGAAGUGCGCGAGGCCACAGGCGGAGGCGGCUCUAAGAUGGCGUCGCCUCCUCAGGGGGGCCCGAUGGCCAUCGCCAUGCGGCUGCGGAACCAGCUCCAGGCCGUCUACAAGAUGGACCCGCUGCGGAACGAGGAGGAGGUGAAGGUGAAGAUGAAGGAGCUGAACGAGCACAUUGUGUGUUUCCUGUGCGCCGGGUAUUUCAUCGACGCCACCACCAUCACUGAGUGCCUGCACACCUUCUGCAAGAGCUGCAUCGUGAAGUACCUGCAGACCAGCAAGUACUGCCCCAUGUGCAACACCAAGAUCCACGAGACGCAGCCGCUGCUCAACCUGAAACUGGACAGGACAGCCAGGGACUGUCCUCAGGGGCAGAUGUGCCCAGGUGUGUCCCUGAGUCAUCUCUCCCUGGCAGGUGAGGAGAAGCGGAUCCGGGAGUUCUACCAGUCCCGUGGCCUCGACCGGGUGACACAGCCCAGCGGUGACGACACAGUGGGAGGUGACCCUAUGGGGCUCCCCUACAGCACCUUUGACCACUCGCGUGCCCACUAUUUCCGCUACGACGAGCACGUCUCGCUCUGCCUGGAGAAGCUGAGCUCCAGCAAGGAUAAGAGCAAGGCCGUGCUGCAGCAGAAAUACGUGAGGUGCUCGGUGCGGGCGCAGAUCCGACACCUGCGGAGGGUCCUGUGCCACCGGCUGGGGCUGUCCCUGCAGCACGUGCAGAUCCUGUUUGACAACGAGCCCCUCCCCGACCACAUGACAAUGAAGCAGCUCUGGCUGUCACGCUGGUUUGGCAAGCCCGCGCCGCUCCUGCUGCACUACAGCAUCAAGGACAAGAGGAGGUAGGGCUGGGGGGUGGGCACUGCCCCCCCAGUGCAGCCCUGCUCCCACCCCCCAACCCCCAUAACUUAUACCCCACUUUGAAUUUAUUUUUGGAAUAAAAUUGUGGAAAAGCC